AUGAGCACAAAUUCUAGAAAUUAUGAAUCAUAUUUAUUAUAUCCAAGUUUACAUUCAAAUCAAAAGGUGAAUGUUUCAGUGCAUCAAACGUGUUCAAACAUUACAGAUCCAUUUAGAAGUAACAAUAAUAAUUACAAUCAUCAAGUAAAUUUAUUAAAUAUGUCAUAUGUAAAUUCAAUAUUGUCACCAUCUCAACGUACCUAUUUAACUCAACAAUCUUCAUUCAAUCCUACAUCUAUUAUUAACAAUAACAAUUUAAGUAUACUUAAUGUACCUAUAACUUCAUAUAAUACUAAAACAUUAUACAAAGAUGAUACAAUACAUACUUCUGUUAGCAACAAUAAUAUAAAUUCAAGAAAAACGGAGACAAUUUUAUGUUUAAAACGUUUAUUCACCUUUUUAUUAUCACAUGUUGGUUUAGCUAUUCUAGUUAUUAUUUAUACCAUAAUUGGUGGUUCAAUAUUUUACGCUGUAGAACGUGAACAUGAAUCACAAAUAAAACUUAAAAUUUAUAAUAAUAAACAAUAUUUAACAAAUUUAUUAAAAGAUGAACAAAAACAACAAUUAUAUGGUUUAUCAUGGUAUUUAUCAACAUUAGGAUGGCCAAAAAGAAUAUUACCACAAUGGUGGUUUUAUAAAAAUUAUACUCAUAUUAAUAUACAAAAAGAAAUCGAAUUACCUAGUAACAUAAUAACAGAUAAAUUAAUCAAUAAAACAACAGAUAAUUCAUCUUCUAUAUUGAUCAAUUCUAUGAAUAAUUCAAAUGAAUAUAAUGUAACUACCUCAUCUUUAUUGAAUGUAACCAAUUCAAUAAAAUCAAUAAAUAAUGGGACACAAUUACCAAUAUCAAUAUCUAAUAAUAAUAAUAAUAAUAAUAAUAAUAAUAAUAAUAAUAAUACAUUCAAUUUGCAAUUCCAAAAUGAUACUCAAAUAGAUCAUCUAUAUUUUUCUAAAAAUUUAAUUAAUUCAUUACCAAAACAUAUUAUACUACUUACAAAAUUAGAUGAUAUAUUACCAAUUAUAUUAAAUAAAAGUUAUCAAAUUGAAAAUAAUUUACAAUAUAAAUUAGCUAAAUAUGUUGAACAAAUUAUAAUCGCUAUAAAAGAUGAAGGAUGGAAUGGUUCAGAGCAUACAGAUGAUUUUAAUUGGACAUUUGAAGGAAGUAUUUUAUUUGCUGUCACUAUUAUAACAACAAUAGGCUAUGGACAUGUAACACCUCAUACACGAUUAGGUAAAUUUCUUACAAUGAUGUAUGCUGUAUUUGGUAUACCAUUAUUUUUUUGUUAUCUUUCAAAUAGUGGUAAUUAUAUGGCAUCAUUAUUUCAAGUUUUCUAUAUACGUAUUUGUCAACCAGCAUUUAUACAGUUUAAAAAGUGUAUCAAAAAGUGUUUGAAUCAAUUAACUCAUAGAAAAGUUACUCAACAAUUAAAAUUAUCAAAAAACAAUGAUAUUUUAAUCUAUGAAAGAAAGAAUUCAAGAUUAUCAACAUCAAAUCCAAUAAAAUAUAAAAGAUAUAAAAGAACACAAACUAAUACUACUCAAAAUCAUUCUAAUAGUAGUAGAAUUAGUAGUGAUAACAGUAAUAACCAUUUAUAUCAUACUUAUCAUAGUCAUAGCUAUGCUAAUUACAAUCCUAAUGAUCAUUUGAAUUUAAAAAAUAUUGAACGAUCAAAUUUAGCAUGGAGUGAUAAACAAUCCCAAACUUCUUCAUCAAGAUUAUCAUCAUAUAAACCAGAUUAUUUAAUGGAAACUAUACCAUAUACAACUCCUUAUAUAAAUACAAAAAAUUAUUCAACCCAAAGAUUUAACAUAAAUGAUAUAUACUCACUAAGUCCAUAUUUACAACAACAACAACAACAACAUACACCACUGGAAAGUUUUGACUUGUCAAACUAUUAUUUAAAUACAACUCGUUCAAUCAAUGAUCAAUCAUUCAAUGAAUCAAUAAAUACUUCGAAUAACCUUGAAUUGCUUUCAUCAAUGAACGUGAUAAAUAUAGACCAUCAAUUAAAACAACAACAAAAACGACAAAAUGAUUUAGAUAUAGGUCAUUCUGCAACAAAUGAAUCGAAUAAAUCAUCAAAUGAAACAUUAAAAACAGUUCCAAUAUCAUUAACUAUACUUAUGAUGACUGUUUAUAUAUUAUUAGGCGCUACUGUAUUUUGUUUAUGGGAAUCAACAGAUUAUUUAAAAUGGUCAUAUUUUUGUUUUGUAACAUUAUCAACAAUUGGAUUUGGUGAUAUUGUACCAGGUACAAAGAUUGAUUCACAAAAUCCAAAAGAAAAGAUGAUUGCUUUAGCAGUCUAUGUAGCUCUUGGUCUAUCUUUAUUUGCAAUGUGUUUCAAUUUAAUGGAAGAAGAGGUCACAGCAAAAAUGAAAAGAAUAGGACGACGUAUAGGUGUUACAAAAUCUAGAAAAAAGAAAUCAAAAUCUUAG